AUGGCGGCGCCCCCGGAGCACGCUGCCACCGGGUCUGAGCAGACAGAUCCUCCAGAAACGAACUCAGAACCGGACCUUUCCCAGCCAGAACCGGCAGAUUCAGAUGCGGACGAGCCGGUCGGACCGAAGAUUCGGGAGACUCCGGAGGACAUCCGGCUGGAGGCGAUCGCCAACACGGUGGCGCUGCACCCGAGCAGGGACGUGCUGGUGUGCGGGGACGUGGACGGGGACGUGUACGCGUACGCCUACUCGUGCACGGAGGGGGAGACCCGGGAGCUGUGGUCCUCCGGACACCACCUGAAGUCCUGCCGCCAGGUGCGCUUCUCGGCGGACGGGCUAAAGCUGUUUAGCGUGUCCCGAGACAAGGCGGUCCACCAGCUGGACGUGGAGCGGGGCCAGCUGGUGUCGCGGAUCCGGGGCGCGCACGCCGCCGCGAUCAACAGUCUGCUGCUGGUGGACGAGAACAUCCUGGCGACUGGAGAUGACAGAGGGACCCUGAAGGUGUGGGACAUGAGGAAGGGAGAGGCCUUCAUGGACCUGAAGCACCACGACGACUACAUCAGUGACAUCGCUGUGGACCAGGCCAAGAGGAUCCUUCUCACAACCAGCGGGGAUGGAACCAUGGGCGUCUUCAACAUCAAGAGACGGCGGUUUGAGCUGCUCUCCGAGUUCCAGAGUGGCGACCUGACCUCUGUGGCGCUGAUGAAGCGGGGCAAGAAGGUGGUGUGCGGCUCCAGUGAGGGAACGGUUUACAUCUUCAACUGGAACGGCUUCGGAGCCACCAGCGACCGCUUCGCUGUCAAGGCCGAGUCGGUGGACUGCAUCGUCCCCAUCACAGACAGCAUCAUGUGCACCGCCUCUAUGGACGGGUACAUCCGAGCCAUCAACCUCCUUCCGAACCGCGUCAUCGGUUGCAUUGGGCAGCACGUUGGGGAACCCAUUGAGGAGAUCAACAAGUCUUGGGACUCCCGGUUCCUGGUCAGCUGCGCUCACGACCAGCUCAUCAAGUUCUGGGAGAUUUCCAAUCUGCAAAAAACUACGGUCAGCGACUACCGCAAGAGAAAGAAGAAAGACGGACGCAUGAAGUCUCUCUCCAAGAAGGCGCUUGGAGACAACGACUUCUUCUCAGGACUGGUAGAAGAAACAGAGAAGAAGGAGGAAGAGGAGGAGGAAGAGGAGGAAGAUAGUGACAGUGGUAGUGACUGA